AUGUCUAGUACGGUUCCGACCAGUUCUGCCCUAAGGGCCUUAGCCUUAGAAUAUAAAAGCCUUCAAGAGGAACCAGUAGAAGGCUUUAGAGUUAAACUAUUAGGAGAAGACAAUUUAUUUGAAUGGGAAGUUGCAAUUUUUGGACCCCCAGACACAUUGUAUCAAGGCGGAUACUUCAAGGCACAUAUGAAAUUCCCUCCUGAUUAUCCAUACUCUCCGCCUUCCAUUAGGUUCCUGACAAAAGUGUGGCAUCCAAAUGUUUAUGAGAAUGGAGACCUGUGUAUAUCGAUACUACACCCGCCAGUGGACGACCCGCAGUCGGGCGAGUUGCCUUGCGAACGCUGGAACCCUACGCAGUCAGUCCGCACGGUUCUCCUCUCCGUCAUAUCGCUGCUCAACGAACCUAACACCUUCAGUCCGGCGAACGUCGACGCUAGCGUUAUGUAUCGACGCUGGCGCGACUCCAAGGGCAAGGAUAAGGAGUAUGAAAACAUUAUUAGGAAACAGGCGCAGGUAGCGCGCAUGGAAGCCGAAAAAGAAGGCAUAGUUGUACCUCUCACACUAGAAGAUUAUUGUAUUAAAACACAAGUCAAAUCGACAACACAGGAACCACAGUUGGAUAUGACGGAUUUCUACGACGAUGAUUACGACGACCUCGACUCGGACUCGGACGAGGAAAUCGAGGGGGGUGAGGGUGACGGCGACGACAGCGGCAACGGGGAGUCGUGA